AUGGCGCUCGACGACGACGACCUCCUCGCAGAGAUCAUCGUCCGGCUGGGCUGCCCUGCCAGCCUUGUCCGUGCCGCCACCGUCUGCAGGCGCUGGCUCCAGCUCGCCUCCGAUCACGCCUUCCUUCGCCGGUUCCGCAAGCUCCAUCCGCCUAGGCUCCUCGGCUUCUACCUCGGACAGGGGUGGUACACGAGCUUCUGGCGGCCGCGGUUCUUCUCGAUGGUGCCUCAACUCCCGACCCUAGAGCUCCCCGCUGUUGUCCGCCGUGCGUGUUUCGACAUGGUCGGCUGCUGGAACGGCCGCGUCCUCACCAGCCGCACCUGCACCGUUUUGCAGGUACACGGCAAUCACAGCGAAAUCUGGCACGACAUUAUAUCUGUACUGCACACGCCGACGUGCCCUCAGAGAGGCACGACCAUCAUCCCGACAUUACGCCUCCCAACCAAGGAGGGCAUUUUCUACGCUUACAGACAACUCUUCUUCAAAGAAGAAGGCAAAGUAUUGUCAUACUUUUAUCUGACGGUGAAGUCUACCAUAGAUGGAACGAAAUCUACAGUGCACGUAUAUAUGCUGCAAAAUGGCGACGACGCUUGGCGCACGCAUCUUACCUUGGCCGCGGACUACUUCGUGCAUGCACGAUAUACCCCAGGCUCUAUACUCGUUGGCAACAAGAUCUAUAUGUCGAGCGCCAGAAAUGAAAUUCUUGUCUUGGAUCUGACCGCCGCAUUUUUCUCCACAAUUCAGCUCCCACAAGGGGUGGAUUUUGGCGUAAAAGGCACCACCAUGCUAUCACGGGCUGAUGAUGGUGCUUCAGAUGUGUAUCUCAUCCAUGCUAAGGAGCUUCAACUUCAUGUCUGGCUCCGCAAGGCGGGGAACAGCUGGCUGCUGGUGGACAACAUUUGCCUGCGUGAUAUGUGUGCUCAUUUGCUUGAGGAUGAGCCUACUGCUUUCCUCAAGAUAAACCAAGUGGGGGACUAUACUGCUGAGUUCCUCUUCUUGGAGAUGGGCCGAUGGGCACUCCACUUGGAUGUCAAGUCCAGAACGCUGCGCAAAGUUGCUGAAGGAUUGUCCUACAAGCUGUAUAACAGUGUUAGGUAA